AUGAGUGGCAUUGGUGGAAUUGUAAUAAAUAACAAGAAUGAAAUUCUGGGCAUUUUCUCAAGGAAUUUAGGUGUGGGUUUUGCAUUCGAAGCUGAGGUUUGGGCAAUUCAUGAAGCGUUGAAGAUCUAUGCAGAUAGAUUGCUAAGAAAUAUAAUUAUUGAAAGGGUCGCAUCCUUGGCUGUUGGUUGGGUUAACAACCGAUGCAAUAGACCAUGGAAAUUGAUCAAUACACUGAACCAGAUUGAUCUUUGGAUGGUAGAGGUCAAUUGUUUGAAAGUGCAACAUAUUUUCAGAGAAGCAAAUGGAGAAGCAGAUAAACUAGCUAAAAGAGGUGCUGCAUAUGCAAUUGAUCUCUUGUAUUUUAAUGACCGGAUUGCUGCUUGA